AAAAGAAGUGUUUUUAUUUUGAAGUUAGGAGGUGCGGCUCGUGUGUGGGUUUUUAAUACGAAAAUAUCGAUCACAUAACAAUACUUAGAUAGGUAGUUAUUCUUACUUUAAAGAUAUGUUAACAAAUAUAUAUGUAUAGUGUAUCAACCUAAAUAUGGAACAUAUAAAACAAUACGACUGGUGUUCGACACUACCAGAUCGACAUUUUAUCACUGAGCAGGAAAUGGACAACUCUGUCACCGAGAGGAUACUUCGAAACACAUUCCGUGACCCUACGCUCUCUAGUGACUCUGAAGAUGAGAGAAAUAAGCCUGUAUUUGAUUGGGACGACAUAUUCAAAAGGAAGCCUCAGCAAGAACGUCAGCAUCGUGUUUUUGUGCCAGGCCUUCGGCCCCUACCACCAUACCCGAAACUGUCCUCAUUAAAUGGUCUGCAACAUUACCAGUGCUUAAAAGUAAUGUGCUAUAGUCAUCCAACAAUUUUGGAAAAGGAGUUUAUACCCAGACCUACUAAGCAGGACCAUAAGAAAUUUGAGGAAUUGAAAGAUUUGUAUGCCAAAGAACAACAAGAAUACAAAGAAUGGGCCAAAGUGCUCUGGACAAAUGUACACUGCUCAAGAUCCUUACGUCCGAAACCAACGAUUGAAACAGUGUAUGAAGCAGAGUUUAACAUCAAAGCCAAUAGAAUGCAAUCAUUCCCUAAAACAUACAAAUUGGCUGCACAAAUUCCUUUGGAAAUUCCUAAUAAUCAUUGUGAAAUGAUUUUCCAAAAGAAUUUGAAGAAGGUAAAUAUUAAAGAUUUGCCACAAAGCAACUUUCCAGUUCAUAUCCAGAAGAAGAUAACUAUAAUGAGACCUGGUCCAAUACUAAAACCAUGCAACAAACAUCCCACAGGGUUUAUACUUCCAAACGAACAAUCAGUAACCAUGCUGCCGCUAACAGAGGUGCAUCGGGAGCUAUCUCAAUGGGCACUGGACUCAGGCGUGAGAUUCGUUGCGAGCGAGAAUGCGCUCAAAUGCUUAGUGGAGAUUGAUAGAUGUUGGAUGAUUCCCGUGUCUGUGUGCGAGGCUAUUAGCCCUGAUGGUGAUAAAAGCAAUGUAGUUAUAUUAGGCAGUCAGUUUGCCACAUAUCGAGAGCCUGCCAUGGUCCGAACUUACAAAGCGUUUCGUCAUCUUCUAGAGUUCGCGCUUGUACCUCCUAUGGAACGAAUGAAGUUAGAACUGAAACAGCAAGAGAAAGAACAACAAUCUUUAGAAAAAAGCAAAAUACAGUCACCGUCGAGCAAAAAAGAAGCGAAAACAAGAGAAAGUGGCAGAAAUAAACAGAUUAAUGUUGACAGAAUGUCUAUUAGCAGUGACGAAGAUGAAAACCAUUUGUUUAUUGAUGUCAGAGCCAGUGAAUCAGAAAACCUCCCCUCAUCGGAAACAGAAACAAAUGAAAUACAACCGGACAAUCUAAAUAUAAAAUAUAUAUCCCAACCGAACAAUGAAAAUACUGAAAAAGACAAGUCAACAGAUGAAAUAGGACACUAUAAUUGCACAUGUAAAGAGCGUAAGAGAUGUAAAAGUAAGUAUGCUAUCAGCUUUGGACGAAAUAACACAGACGUCACGAUACCCCCACCGCGUUCAUACAGGAAAUGGCUCGUUAAAAAUAACACUUCAAAAGAACAACAUACCAUCAUAAUACACUGCUCGCAUAAAAUAAAAGGAGAAGAGGGUGAACUGGUGUUAGAACCAAUACCAGAGUACCAGUUAGAACUGGGGGGAAUGCAGCAAUCGCCAGCGAAGAUAGCCAGCUCUGCACUUUCUUUGGCAUUAAGAAAGAAUGCCUCUCUUUUAAACGUGCGCAUAGACAGCUGUACAGGCGACAUAGUGACCAUAGACAACAUACACAAAGACGAGUACACGCGCAUUCACGGCGAUCUGACAUCUAUAGCUGCUAACAGACUGCACAGCCUGCUGAAUCAAUUGGAAGGACUCAUGCCCGGGCAUUACGUCCUGCAACAUGAUAGUUUACAUGGCACAAACGCAUUAUUAUAUGCGCCUUCGCCUCCAGAACGCGCAGAAUUGACGCUAGAAUUCAACAGCGCUCAGCUCUUGGAAACUGACGAAGCGAAGAGCAUCAGAACGCCACCAACACUAGGGCCCGUGUUGCUACCUUUUCACAAGUUUCGCAAGAUUCUCCCUCUAUCCUUCACGCCACAUUCGCACCAGCUAGCCAAGGAGCCCAAGAAACCUAUCACGCGGCAGAAAACACCGCCGCAGGCCAUCAAGGAGCAGAGUCGAGGUCGAAAGGUACCGGCAUGGGAAAACCACAUUCUUUGCACGACUAGUCGAAAGGAAUUCGUAAAAUUUGUAUCAUAAAACAUUGGUAAUUGAGCUAACAAGUCCAGAGAUCGACAGUCGAACCCAUUGGCUCGUAGUUGACUAUGACAGUACUGGUGUUACAGAAAGGUGAAAUAAAUCUGACUUAAGACACGAUUCUGUCCACGGAAUUUGUCAAGAAAAGUAUGCCUACAUGAUAUCGGCUUUAUUUGUAUGUAUAAUUUCUUUUUGUUUUACAAAGUAUAGAAAGUAUUGUCAGUUUGAAUUGGAUUGAUAAUAAAGUCCCAUUUCACGAUCGUAUUUCAGAUCUGAGACCGUCCGAAAAGAUCACAUAAGAAUAAAACAUUUAUUUUAUGUUUUAUCUGAAGACAUUUUAGUGUGCAAGUUUUCCUUGAGACAUUAUACAAAUUAUUUCACUUUUUUAAAACACAUAUUCGAUGUGACAUUUUUGUAAAAGCGGCAUGUUGAACGUGAUUGAUAUAUUUUUUUUUUCAAAACUUUUCAUUUUAUGUUAUGCAAAUAUUUAAUUUUAAGUUCAUGCGUUUAUAGUUUAUUGGUGUCAAAAUUUGAUUGUUCUAUCGACUAAGAUCCUGGACGUAGGUUUCGAAAUUUUUUGUCCUCUGAAUAUACUUACAGUCACGAUAAGAUAUUGAUAAAAAACAAAACAGAUCAUCGGAAAUCUUCAGUAAAAGAUAUAUUUCAAAAAGAUAAAGAAAGGUAAAGAAACCAUAUUAUAUAUAUUAAUAACAUUGCUAAUAUAGUAUAAAUAGUAACCAGUAUUAUAUACACUAGUAUUACUAAAUUUUUAUCUUAUUCGUGAGUGUACCAUGGACUACUGAACCGAUUAAUUUAUACUAUAUGCUAAAUGCAUACCUUCAAAUUUACAAUACAAUCAACAAUAUUAUCGUACAUUACUUUUAUAUAAUCUUAUGUUAUAACAGAGAUCGGGCAACAGAGAAAAUAAAUAACUGUAUAUUUACUAAGUUUUUAGAUGUGAUCUCUCCGAUUUUAUCUAUAACAUUAUUAAUACCAAAUAUCAUCUGAAUUUCGUCCACACAAAAAUAUAUUAGUAUUUUCUUGUCUGCGUUAGAUAGUAUUAUCAUAGACAAUUAGUUGUUGAUUGUACUGUAUGAGUUGUCUGUGCUAUCUAUCGUUUCAUGAUGAAUGACAUGUAAUACGUUUGUGGACGAUCUCAUACACACAAUAAAUGUUUAAUGUUCAAGCCUGGAUGUCCGCUAACGUUUUCAAUAAAUGUCUAAAUGAAUGUCUAUAAAUGUGCAGAAAAUAAAUAUAAAUAUUAAUAUAUCAUAUCAUUUGGCAUUUUACAGUUUUAGUAAUAAUGCAAAUAUAUAGAUUAAAUCAAAUAAUUUUUAUAAUUUAAAUUAGCUUCAUUUUCUGCAAAUUUAUAACUUGCAACGUGCAAGGCAGCGAUCAGAAAUCUGACAAAACAUAUAAAUUGGUGUUUUAACAUCAAAUUUUCGAUUUUAGACCACUGCCUAUUACAAAAACAUGACAAAUCUAUCUGAUAUCUUGAAUGCUUGCAUAAUAUAAUUUUGCGUUACAAAAAUUAAAAAAUGGCGGCAUAUAUUACGAGUAGAAGCUAAAUUGGGCGGGUAAUGGUUACGGAGGACUGCAACAGUCGCGUCGCAUGAAGUCUCCAUUUCCGCUAAAAAAGCACCUUUUCGACUGUAAGAACAAUGUCGAAAUUGGCGAUAUUAACAGAUACAAUGUUGUAUGUUAGCCUGAUUAUAAUUCAAACUUAAAACGCCUUCUUACUUUGCAAUCUGACGUGCGACUGGUAAGGGAUGCAAAAAUACAUAAAUUGAGGUCAUGACUUGAUACGAAGUGGUAAGGUAGGUCAUCUUGGGUAUCGUUUAUGCGAAUUAACACUUAUUAUAAUGAACGUAUCUAACGAUUACUUUUUAGAAGUGUUUUAUUUUAUUAUUUUAUUAGGUACCUUCGCAUAUAGAAUCCACCAAAGGCAAACUUCGCCUAAAAAAUCCACCCAAGGCAGCGUAUCUUAAAACUUCGUAUGUCUAUAAUUGAUGAGGGGCUUAAUAUACAGUUAUUUUGUAACACCCAUAUAAGGCAGAAUCCUUGGCAGAAUGCUAGUGAAACUGCAAAGUGAAUAGGCGUUUUUAUAACUUUAAAUUACGUCUAAAAUUCUGUUUGCGGGACAAAAUAUUAAUGAGCGUAUCAGAUAGAUUUGUGUAACUAAGAAAGUGUUCUCGAAUGUCAUGAAAAUUUUAUUUCUCUUCCAGUGGCCGAAGAAAAAGCAUAAAAAGAAGAAGAACACUGAUUGAUUCUUUGUAGCUGUAAUAAAUGUUAUUAUUUGAAA